CCUUUUAUAUAUAUUAAAUUUCGAUCAGACUUUAAAUAAAUAGAAAAAGACAGUAAGAGUUUGUAGAAGCUCAUGGUUCCCACGUUUUUGACUCGGCCAUACAUCUCUUUCUUCUCUCCAUACUGAAUUUUGAACGAAAGUUUGUAAUCCUUCUUUCUUCUUCCUUCUAGACUCCUAGGUGAUAUGCUUGUUAAUCCAGUGGAAUUCUCAUUUCUUUCACUGAAUUUGUUGUAAAAAACCCAGGUUCUAGAAUAUGAAUUUAAAGAGGCCGUUUCCAGGAAUGUGGCGGUUUCCUACAAAUCCCGAGAUUUGUUGCAUCUACAGAGUCCCAGACUGUCCGCGUAGCGUAAAUCCAGAAGCAUAUACACCUCAAUUACUCCUCAUUGGACCUCUUAAUCAUUCUUUAAAAUCUCAAGCUUUCAAAUCUCCUGGAGAUGUCACAUAUACAAUGUCAACGGGAUACUUAAACAUGGAAGAGUGUAAGAAGAUUUACUUAGCGGAAUUCACACGAAGGGUUGUUGGAGGGGAAAAUACCAUUAAAGUAUUUAUGAGAAUGAUCGAAGAAGACGAAGAUAGAAUCAGGGAAAAUAUCCGUUUUUUUGGAGCAAAAACCGGAUACGGAUACGGAUAUCCGCGGAUAACGGAUAUAAAUCUCAGGCCUAGGGAAAGCUAUUCGGAAUCAAGUGCUUGGAUUGAAUCUCAAGAGUUCGUCAAAAUGAUCCUACACGAUUGUGUUUUUAUACUAGAGCUCAUUUUGAGGACUUUAGAAAGAGGACGGGAAAAAACAGGGGAUCCUAUCAUGGACAUGCCUUGUCUUGAAGUCAUAGUCAAGUCAGAUCUCAUGUUGCUCGAGAACCAACUUCCGUAUUUUAUCCUCGAGAAACUCUUCGAUCCAGUCGUCCCAAAAUUCCAGAAAUUAAUCAUCAAUUACUUCAACUUCGGAGGUAAAAUCGGAAACAAAUCCAAAUUUAGACAUUUCACUGAUCUGUUCAGGUGUGUGCGCGUUGAAACACUUCAAGGGCUUCCUCCAAGGAAAUUCAAGCUGAUAGAACAUAUGUAUAACGCGGUUAAGCUACAUAGCGGGGGAGUGAAAUUUGAAGCUGUAGAAAACGAGUACUCGUUGUAUGUGAGAUUCGAGAAUGGUUGUUUGAAGAUGCCUUGUUUCGUGGUUCAUGAUCAUGAAGAGAGGAUAUUGAGAAACAUAAUGGCGCUUGAAAAUUGCCAUUAUCCUUACGAAGCACAUGUUUGUACCUACAUGAUCUUCCUAGAUUACCUCAUUGACACGGAGAAAGACGUGGACAUGCUUGUCGAGAAAGGGAUAAUAAGAAACUGGAUUGGGCAACACAGUUUGGUAGCAGAGAUGGUGAACAAGCUUUGUGUGGGCAUCAUGGAUAAUGGCUCUUACUGUUCUGAUACAUCAGUCGAAGUCAACGCUUACUAUUCAAGCCCAUUCAAUAGGUCACGCGCUGUCCUGAAGCGUGUUUAUUUUGGUAACAUGUGGAUAGGGACAGCUACAGUCGCCGCCAUGCUUCUAUUGUUGAUGACUCUUGUCCAAACGGUGGCUUCAAUCAUUCAGGUGAAGCAGAAAUGAUUUUUAUACACGCCGCAACAUUUUUCUCCAGUUUGUUUACGAUUUUUUUUUUUUUCUUUUCGUGCAAAUUGUUUCCGAUUUUUAACUAAUCCUGCAGAUAAAAUUUGACUUUUUGUCUUGUCUUAUCUUUUCUGAUUUCCCAAAAUAAAAUAAAUAUAUUUUUGUCCUGAAAACAUUGUGAUUUUGAAGUUGUAUUAAUUUUUAUUCUGUUAGUUGAUUAUAUCUUGGG